CCUGCCUUCUUCUCUCUUUAACCUUCCCUCUCUCACUUCACAUCUGGAGGGGGUUCUGCUGCAGAUCUGUGACUCCUCGCCUGCUAUGGGACAGCCUCAGCUUGGACCAGAUAUCACACUUCGGUUCUUUUCAGCAAAUGUUGUUCAGAAGGGGGUAAAGUAGUGUAGUAACUGCUGCAUGAUUUGCGGUUGGCUGUUAUGUUGGACAGAGCUCGCACUGAGUUUCCAGAGUCAAGGACAGAUCAACAGUAGACAUGGACUUCCCAAAGCGUUCCAUCCUGCAGGCCUUCAGUGUGAUGCUCUUGGCGUGGAUGCUGGUACGUUGCCAGACCCCAGUGGAACCUGAGGAAGAAGAAGAGGAAGAGGCGGCAAAGGAAGCUGACACUGCAAUACUGGUGACAACUGAAUGCCCUUCAGAAUGCAGCUGCACAACAGAUGGAACAGUGGACUGUGCAGGGGUUGACCUGACAGACUUCCCCGAAGAGCUGCCUAACAAGAUCCGCCGACUUUCUCUACAGAACAACAAAAUCAAGGAAAUAACGGUGGAGCACAUUUCCCAUCUGCAUCAGCUCGAGACUCUCAACCUCCAAAACAACUGGCUCACCACAGAGGGCCUUGAAGAUGAAGGUUUUGAAAUGCUUGAAGAGCUGGCUUAUUUGUACCUGGCUAACAACAAGCUCUCCUCUGCACCAAGAGUCCUGCCGCCAUCUUUGGUCAGUGCUGAUUUUGCUGCUAAUCAUCUGUCCAGGAUCUAUCCAUACACAUUUGGUCAUAAGCCAAAACUAAGGUCUGUGUAUCUCCAUAACAACAAGCUGACAGAUGAAGGACUUCCUGAUGACAUGUUCAAUGCUUCUGACACGCUGGAGAUCCUCACCAUAUCCAGCAACUUCCUGAGGGUCGUUCCCAGCAAUCUGCCGUCCAGUCUUCUCCGGCUUCAUCUGAAGAGUAACAGACUGGAGAAAAUCCCAGCGGGGGCCUUUGAGGAUUUACGAAACCUUCGAGAACUUUAUCUCCAGAACAACCUCCUCACCAAUGAAGGGAUGGACAACGAGACUUUCAGCCAGCUGAGUAGCCUCGAGUAUCUUGACUUGUCAAAUAACAACCUGAGCGUUGUUCCGAAGGGUUUGCCUCGCAACCUGGUGCUGCUGCACCUGGAGAAGAACGCCAUCCGCAGCAUUCCUGGAGACGCUCUCACCUCUGUGCGGAACAUUGAAUACCUGCUACUUCACAAUAACCAGCUGCGCUCCCGCUCUAUACACCCAAUGGCCUUCCAGGGCUUGAAGAAGCUGCACACUCUUCAUUUGUAUAAUAAUUUGCUGGAACGAGUUCCCAGAGGCUUACCUCGAAGAGCCAAGACUCUCAUGCUGCUCCACAACUUUGUUUCUGAAAUUGGCCGCAAUGACCUGUCCUUGCUGUAUACCCUGACUGAGCUCAAUCUCAGCUACAACAAACUGACCAACACCAAGAUUCACCGAGACGCCUUCAGAAAGCUGCGCAUACUGGAAACUCUGGACCUGUCAGGAAAUGCCCUUCAUGCCAUACCACUGGGCCUCCCGCACAGCCUGAAGGUUCUGGAGAUCAAGAACAACCAGCUCAGUGCGAUACCAUAUGGAGCCCUGGCAGGAAUGCAGAAGCUACAGAAGUUGAUCCUGAGUGACAACAAACUGAAACUCAACUCAGCCUACCAAGGAGCUUGGAUGGAGCUCAGUGCACUUACAACACUUGACCUUUCUGGUAACCAGCUAACACACAUCCCAUCAGACCUUCCUGAGUCUCUGGAGUAUCUUUACCUGCAAAGCAACCGGAUCUCCAGCGUUCCUGCUUCCGCGUUUGAAGGCACUCCAAACAUUAAAGGCAUCUUCCUUCGGUUUAACCGGCUGUCUGUGGACUCUGUAGAUGAGAGCUCCUUCGCCCACCUCAUCAACUUGCAGGUGCUGGACUUUGGGACGGGAAACACAGAGCUGUCCUCAAAAAAAGAUGAGAAAGAAGUUGGAGAGGUGAUGGAACAGGAAACAUAGAGCACUGGACUGCAUGUUUCAGAAAACAGAACAGGCUUUUAAAUGGGACGGGACCUGUGAAUGUUUUUUUUUCUUUUCUUUUCUUUAUAUCUUUAAAUCAUGCUGAGAUGCAGAGCCACAUAUUUCUGGUGCGGGAUACCGGAUAGAAGUUCAUUUUGUUCAAAGUGAACUUUAAAAUUUGCUUUUGAUUGUUCAUCUGCAAUCUUUAUCUUAAAAAAAAAGAAAAAAAAAGAAAGGAAAGAAGGUCCAGGGAUCUGAACACCAACCUGGGAAGAAUCAUAAAAAAGGACAAAACCCCUUCCUGUUUUCCUCUUCAUUUUUAUGCCAUUUUGAAAAUGGCUGCCCUGUCAGUGAUAUUGCCAAUGCAAUCUACUUGGAUUUGUUAAAGCAGAUAUAGCAAUCAAAGCACUCGUUUUGUUAUUAAAACCACAGAAAGUUGAAUUAAACAUAAAAAUCAAGUACAUAAUUCCAUGUUAUUGUUACUGGAGAUUUUACAUAGUUAAUUACAGACCAAUAUAAGCCUAACAAAAUUUGUUUUGAUAUUAUUAUUCAGCAACGUAACAAAAGUCUAAAGGUUUCAAGUUAUUUUAAGCCAGAGUAGUAAUAAAAAAAACAACUACAGAGUAAGAUUUUUGUGGUUGAGCAGCAGCCUUUCAUUGGACUGCUGACCUCAAAUGGACUUAUUUGAUCUUUUACAGACUGAUGGACUUUCUCUCAGUCAAAAGUUGUGUGAUCAUAAAGAAUAACAGAUAUUAUCAGUAUGUCCUCUGGUUCAAUUUUCCUAUUUCUAAGCCAGAACAUUUGAUUUGCAAGACCCAGUGCAUCAGGGAAGUGAUGAAGUCCCAGUUUGAUAUGGGUUUGGUGAAAGAAGAAAAAAUGGCACCAAAUGGUAGAUUAAACUACACACAGUAACCUCAAAGUAACCUUCACAAACAGACAUGGAGAAGCUAUGCUUCUAAGGAAAAUGGUUUUGCUCGACAAUGAUUUAUUUACUAAUGAUUUCUAAACAGUUUUCAUCCAAAUUAAUCUCAACAGUGCCCUACAGACUAUCUCAAACAAAAAAUUGAAAACUGAACAGAAUCUAAUUUUCCAAAGAAACAGUCAAUAAAUUACUAAUAAGGAUAGGCUUAGCUUGUCAAACCUUAUCUUAGUGAGAAACAAAAGAAUCUGAGUCCAAAAAUACUUUCAUAAUGCCACUUCAAAACAGCAUGGCUUCCUGGAUGUCAUCAUGAAUUAUCAUCAGUCGAUCAUACACUGCAACAAUGUGGAAUUCUUUAGAUUUCUUCUCCAAAUGGACAUUUCUGUGUCCAUUAUUGAAAGAAAACAAAACUGUGCACAUACUCUCCUGGGUGACAUUGCAAUAUAAAAUAAAUGUAUCUAGAUAAAAUGUCUCCAUUUUCCAAUGAGAAAUGACUAAAAGGUAAAUGGACAUAUUAGAUAUGUUCCAGCAUCUUCAUGCUCAAACUAAGCUGCGAUUGUGAGUUUAGUUGUAAUGUAGUGCUGUGUAAUCUAUUCAUCCAGCCAUCCAUUUUCUACCACCUUUGUCCCUAAUGGGGGUCUGGUGUUUAUCUCCAGCUAAUGUUUCGGGCAAGAGGCAGGGUCACCCUGGACAGGUGGUCCGUCUGUCACAGGGCCACAGAGAGACAGACGGAACAAACAACCAUUCAUGCACACAAACACUCACACCUAACAGUUAUGCUUUUGGACUGUGGGAGGAAGCCGGAGUACCCGGAGAGAACCCACCAUGCACAGGGAGAACAUGCAAACUCCAUGCAGAAAGACCCGGGAAUUGAACCCAGGACCUUCUUGCUGCAAAGCAACAGUGCUACCAACUGUCCCCCUGUGCAGCCAAAGCUGUGUAGUCCUAACAAGUUAGUCACAUUUAUCAUUUUAAAUGCAACUACAAUUAAAAUGAUAAAUGAUCAGAGUUGUGCCUCAUACUUAACCUGGAAAACAUUUAGAUUUCAGUAUUUAUCUGAAGCCAGAACUUAUUUCAUAUUACAUUAAAUACAGCCAAUGACUUACUUCUGUGUAGAAAUAAAUAAUAAGCAAUGCAUGUUCUUAUUAUUUUCUGUAUUAGGAUGUAUUUUGGAUGAGACACUUUAAUCAAAAAAAAAAAAAACCCUCAUUAAUGUAGCUGAGGAAGAAGUUCCUGCUGCUCUUCCUUUAUGCCCAGCCUGUUUUCCACCAAGAUAUCAAAUAUUUCUUAUCAAAUUAAAAUGCUUAACUAACAUAUAACAUGUUACUAUGAACACAGUCACUUGCACAUAUUGUAGCCUUGUAUCAUUACAUAGAAUAUUACAGUCAUUCAAAAAAAUAAUAAAUCAUUGAAAACAAUGAAAAACAAUUGCUGUCUGUUUCCUUAAAGUCAGCAGAAUCUUCUGGAUAACAUCGCUGGAGCUUGUCUUACUAAUUGGAAAUUGUUUGACAUUCACUCAUUUGUCACGGUGCUUCAUAUCGGGGUGAAGGGGCUGUGAAUAGCUGACAGAAAACACAGAGGAAUGCCAACAUAGAUGACUUGAGGAAAACUGAAACUGUGAAAUCUACUGUUGGUCAUAAGAUUAAAAACCUGAAAGCAGCUCGACCUUAUGUGAGGGACAAUCACUCAAAGUAACUGAAAUCUUUCAAGUAGGGGAGUAAUUUUCUGCUGUUUCAAGGCAAUCUUUUCAAGCAUUCCCUGUAAUAACCCCAAUCAUCUCCAAUAGAUGAUCUGAUAUUUUGGACUAACUGCAGACGAUGGAGAGUCGACUGAUCCAGUCCAUAAUAUGAGUUGCAGUCAUCUGUUCUAGAGGUAACAAAUUAAUGUCAAAGAUUUUCUAAAUUUUUAGGAAGAAUGUAAGAUUUAUCUUUGGUAAUUUAGCGAUACAAGAAAAUCCUGACUACUGUGGACACUUUCUGAAAUUUCAGGGAAUUAAAUAAAAACACUCAGAGGCUCCUGACAGUGGAGAAGCGACAGAGUCCUCCACUGUCCAUCGAUUUCCUUGGAGUUAAGGAAAUCAGUUUGUCAAGAAAGGUGCGAUCAUCAAACACAAUAACUUUGGUUUAGUUGUUAUACCUAAUAAGGUAAAGACUGUGGUCCUUUUGGGUUGUUUGAAUUUAACAGAAUGGUGUUUGGACUUCACAAUGCCCCCAACAUGUUUUAGCGACUAAUGGAGCAAAUGUUUGGGUCUCAAAAUUGUCGGCCUCUGUUAUACUUGGAUGACCUUGAGAUUCUCUCUUCCUCAGUUGAUGAAGAUUUGCAUCAUUUGGAAACUAUGAUGAAGCCACCUGAAACAAGAGGGACUAAAAGAGAGGCUCAAAAAACAUUGAAUCUUCAGGAAAGAUGUAAAAUACCUAGUCUGUGUUAUUUCCUGUCAGUCAAUGGACUCAAUUAAAAUCUCUACAGUAAAGAAUUAGUCUUGUCCAACCAGAGUCCCAGAGCUGCAGUCCUUUCUGGGGUUUGUCAGCUACUACAGUGGCAGUGGCCUUGGAGCUCCGCCCCUUUGCCUUUGGCCGCCAUGGUCUCAGAACCACUGAGAGGAACAUGUCCAACAACUGUUCCAUUAAAAAUGGGCAAUGACAGAUACAUUUUGAGACUAUUUACUGGGCCUGCAAUGGAGAGAAAAUGAGAAGGCCAGCAAAGUCCUCAGUUUUAAUCUUUCCUUCUUUUACAGUAAAAUAUGUAUUGUCUCUUAUAAAGUUGUGACCAAUUUUACCUUUAUUUCUUUCUAUAAAUUGUGAAGCAAAUAAAAUAUCUGUUAUUUGUUACAAGUUUCUUUGUGUAAAGGUCUGAUCAAAUGAGAACUGGAUAUUCUCUUACCACAGACUAUACCUUGUGUUUGUACCACUGAUCACUUGAAGUGUUUCAGUUUUUUAUGUGAAUUUGAUAUUAGCCAUUAGCAAUAUGCACAGUCCUGCUGUAGAGGCCCACAGUGCACAUUCUGCCCUGAUUUGUAUAAAAUGUUCAUGUUGGGACACAGCAGCUGAAACUAUGAAUGCCAAUCUGUUAAAUGUUGAGAGCAUUUUUUCACCACUCUAGCAGAUCCACUGAUCAAAAGGAAAAGGGUGAUCCACUGACUGCCUUUUUUGUUUUUCCUUCCAGAAACAGCAUUGUCUGUGGACAUAAUCAAUCUUUAAUAUUGGAGAAACACAGGCAGCAACUCAAAUAAGCAGGCACAAAAAUAUAUAGACAAGAGUUAGGAGUUUAUUUGUGCUGUAAUAAGUCCUAUAUAUCUUAACAGUUUUGAAAUUUGGACUGUUCAUAAGACAAAACAAGUGAAAUUAUUACUUUUAGACUUAGUGUAAAUGUGUGUUUGUUUAAUAUUAAUCAAUGAGAUCAGCCAACAUUUCAGCUCCUGUAAACAAAAUGACUUUUCUGUCUCUGUGAUGUAAAAAGCAAGAAAAAGAAGACUUUUUUGUUAAACUGGCAUUUGAUUAAUGUUACUCCCAAACCUUGAUUGCCAUGGUUGGCUCCCCAUCUAGCCUUGCAUUCUUGACAUUGUUCCUUUUUGUUGGAUGUUGUGUAAUUGUGAAAUCUGGCUGGAAAUGUUCAAGGUUAAUAGUUCAUUGAAGAAAUGUCACAAAGGUCAAAUCCAAAUAAAGUCCCAAGUCUUUUGAUUUGA